CCCCGUCCGUCCAGCUAGUUGUUCAGUUCAUGUUCAGUUGUGAUUGAAUCAGAGGUCGGAACUUUGUGAUGUGCCAUUUUUUAACUGAGUGAUACUAAUGAUGUUGUGUGAUAAUUUGUUACCACUCGUUCAUGUCAUAUCGUCGAAACAGUUGCAGGAACACGUCCUAAUCAUUCGUUUGUUGAAGGGUGAAAUUGUGUGAGCAGCAGGCAGGAGUUGUGUGGUAAAUCUACGGGGAUAGUGUGUGGAAACACCAUGGCCGCGUUCACGGGAUUCAACCGACAUCGCACUCGUUUCAUCUCCGUGCCCGGAAAAACAUGGCAACUAAUUUCACAUUCGUACAUCCAGACAGUGGUGAUGUUCAUCUUUGCCUCCAUUAUCCAAUCUUCCUUCGUGGACACUUACGAUUUCUACAGCAGUCAGUCGGAUACAUGGACCACAGCAAUAGUUUCUAUCACAUACCGGGACCCGACAACGGGUAAUGUGACAACGGAAAUGCUGUACCAUCCACAGACUCACAAAGACCCGGGACGAUACAGCUCUGGUCCGGUCAGAGAUGCCCACGGUACGCUGGUCUAUCGGGGUGGUGUACAGGCUCGUGGUUGUGUACCGUAUAAACCAAGCAAGGGCAAGUCGAGCACCCUAAAACAACUACGGCAUGGGCUGCCUUGGAUAGCCCUUGUGAAGAAGGGAAACUGUUCGGACUCGGAAAAGAUUUCACUGGCUGAAAAAUAUAAUGCAACCGGAGUUGUUGUCUUUGACAACAAAGCAGGGGAGGAACUGCAUACAAUACAAAAUUUAGGAAACAUUCCAGCUAUUUUAGUUACAUCAGAAACCGGCCAGCGUAUCGUCACCCUCCUCGAGAACGGCACCAAUGUCCAGCUAGAGUUUGCCGUCGGUUCUAAGAUCAUCAAGAGCGUCCAGAUCAAGAAAUCCUCGGUUCUCUUCGUGUCGGUGUCCUUCAUCGUGUUGAUGAUCAUCUCGCUAGCCUGGCUGGUGUUUUACUACAUUCAGCGCUUCCGGUAUGCACAGGCAAGGGACAGGACACAGAAACGACUAAGCCGUGCUGCCAAGAAAGCAAUUGCCAAACUUCCCUCCAAACAUCUUAAAGAUGGUGAUGACGAAUUAGUGGAUGAUGAUUUCUGCCCUGUGUGUUUAGAAAGUUACAAAGUGUCUGAUUUAGUGCGGGUACUCCCUUGCAAACAUUUUUUUCAUAAAUCCUGUGUGGAUCAGUGGCUUAUCGAGCAUAGAACGUGUCCGAUGUGUAAGCUGAAUAUACUCAAAGCACUUGGCUAUGGGAAGCAGCUGACGAUGCGGGCGAGUGAAGAAGCCCUCUAUGUCUUUGAGCUCGGUCAGAUCAUCUUUAACUCUAGCAUGGACGGGGAGGACUGGAACCUGAGGGCAUCCAGUCUACGAACGUCUCAUCUCACACGAUGGCCAUCGAAUACUCAGCAGAGUGUGCGUGUCAUGGCCGUCACUGACGACGUCCAAUCAGAAGAUAGUCGGUCUGACGAGAGCAGGAAUGGAUCGUCGAGCUCAGAAGGUAUGGACGUCAAAGGUAUCCUUCCUCCUGUGACUACGACGGUAGAGCUUCAUCGGAAUUGCCCCAGCCCUAUAUCCAGCGAUACACCCUGCCUUGGGUCAACCUCAGUCUAGGAUGAGUGCACUCGACUCCUCACUAACCCAGCGUAGUCAAGAGCGCGUUGUUCAUGAAGUUUCCAAGUGCUGUAAAUUAUCUCCAACAGGGCCUUGUCACGCGAGGCAACUUUUACAGGCAACUUGGAGGCAACCAACCUCAGUGCACCCUACAGGAUCACUUUGGUAGCACACAGGUAAUUUUUUUUAAAAAUGUCUUAUGAUCCACAAGAAGAUAAGGUGAACAUUCAAAUGUGAAUGCCCUUUCUUCUUGGAGAUUACCUUGAACUGGUUGCCCGUAAAUUGCCUCGUGUGAUAUGGCCCUAAGAAUGAAAGGCACUGGCAUUUGUAUGCAACAAACUUUUUUGAAUUAAGAUGGACCCUACGGAAUUAUACACAGUCUGGUUUGGGUGUAUACAGACAGAUUUACCCAAACCAAUAGUGUCAUAGUAAUGUGUGCACCAUAUCUCAAAUUGGCUUAUGUUCUGCGUUGUGUUAAGGAUUUCAAUAGGGUGCUGUUUGCAUUCAAUACAAGGGGUCCAUAAGCUCACUGUUGUCACCCAUCACUCAUUUCUAGCCAUGUUUGAGUCGGAUGUGCAGGCCUCAGGCUCUGCUUACCAUAAGUAAAGAAUCAGCGCCUGUGGAAGUAGGGAAUUCCGCGCUUACUUCAAGCGUAUUUGACGGGUUAGUAGGGAAUUUUGGCUUGUGCGCGUGCGUACUCCACGUGACUAGGCAUUCUACGCUUACAAAGCUAGCGCA